AAACCUAAUUGGGAGCACCUGAACGACAAGCUCCAUGUGCUCAUCACCGUCGAGGACUCCAACAAUAGGGCCAGCGUUAAGAUCCAGAGAGCGAUCGACGAGAUUAAGAAACUCCUGAUACCGAUAACUGACGGUGAGGACGAGCUUAAGAAACGGCAGCUCAUGGAACUGGCGAUCAUUAACGGCACGUAUAGGGACAGCAGUCAACGAAAUAGUAGUAAGUCUCACAGCUUUUCAGUAGAUCUAUGGUUCUUUGUCGAGCAGUGCAUGCAAUUAGGUAUAGACGCGGAACAGUUGCACAAAUUGACGCCAAUCCCGAUGGCGCUGACCACUCCGCUCAGACACCACGCCCACCACCAGACGCCCAUCGGCGCCCCGUUGAUCAUCUCGUCCCGUCAGUUCACGGUGCCUACCAGUGCCGCCCAUCAUAUCAACGGCAGCGGACUGCCGCCCCUUAUCGCGCCCACUGACGGCAUACUCUACAGUCCGUACGCCGACUUCCACUCGCAGUACGCGGCGCUGACCUCGCCGUCGGCCGCCGCCCUGUUGGCCGAAUACCCGACCACUUCGGUGGGCACCGCCGUCAUCGACUCACUGACCUCAACGGGUGGGUUAUACACACGUUAGCACUGUU